CCCGUACAUUCAACCUGGAGCGGUUUGCUCAAUACGUUGCGACUACACGCGUGGUAAAAUGAAUUGCUCAAAGUGCUUGAAACCGGUACAGGAAAACUGGAAUCGUUGCCCAGUGUGUAAGACGAAGAUAAAUGCAACCCGAUGCCCACUAUGCAAUGAAAUUCUUCUCGACGGUUGGACAUGUUGCCCUAACUGUGAUAAUUUGGACGAAGAAUUGGAAGGAGCCGUUGCUGCUGACAUUUGGCACGACGCACCAGAACCCUACACGGAUGAUUCUCUACCUGAACUACAAAAAUCAUUUCGCCAUGAUCGUAAAAGUCGGGAAGGUAUUUAUGAUACUUUGCACAACUCAGAAACGGAAAGCGAUUUCCUUCAAACUGAAAAUCAACAAUCGUUUCGCCCUGAUCGUAUAAAUCUUCGUGAUGGCGACGUUGCAAUAAAUAGUCGAAAAGCGGAGCAGUUCACAUUCGACCGUGACCGCAAUGUGGCCCAUGCCCACUACAUGGACGAGCAGGAGGUGAUACAUGAGGAGGAGAGGAGCCAGGGCAGGGGUCGACCCAGGAGUCACAUGACACAGCUAGGCCUGCCCUCUCAGAGAUUGACGAAGCGCGGCUGAACUCAUGCCUUGACGAGGUGCGCAGUGUGCUGGGGAAGAGUGUGCCUGAGCAUCUCAUGAUAGAGGUCAUACUGAGACACAACUUCAGCAUCGAGGGGGCACUCAACGAGCUGCUAAAUCAGCUAGUAAAUUGUGCAGUCUCCGAAGAUGAUCAUCGAAAGGGAAAAGACGAACACGAACCUUUGAUAACCAGUAUAGUGCAGUAUUUACAGGGAUUUGAAGAUGGAUACAAAACACAUGGUAUUGCGAGGGUAUAUGCACUUUUAAAAACUGAUAUAUGCAAAUGGAAAACUGUUCCUCUGAGGAUAUUAGUUACCGGCGAAGCAGGG